CUUCAAAUUACUUUAUAGGAGAAUCUAGCUCAAGGUAAUUAAAUAACAUACGUACCUUCUAUACUGUCUAUGAUUAAGUAAUGGUUUCUUUAAAAAUAUGAUUUCCCGUAAUCUUAUAUAUAGAUUAAAAUAGGUUUUAUCUUUUCCUGAUACAUAUGAAUUGCAUUGAUUAUGUUUGAUCUUGAUUUCUAAUAUAUCCUUUUUGUUUCGCUAUAUUAUGAAUUUGGAUGAGAAAAGUUCUGGGUUGCAUCAACGACAACACGAGGAGAAAGAAGUGGAAGAGUUCAAUCCAAGUGCAAAUAAUUUCAACCCAAGCCCCAAUGAAUCCAGUAGAUUUACUUCUGAUUUGAAUGAAAUUCCUCAAUAUUUAAUUGGAUCAACAAGGGAUAAGACAGGCACAAAUAAGCUGAACCCUGCAAACAAUGAUGGGGUAAAACUGAAAAGAUGUGUGAUACAACCAAAGUUAUACACUUGGGGCAAGCGGAACAGAAGCAACAGAAUACAGAAGAUGAAUGGCAGGUGCAAGAACAACAAAAGAAAAAUAAUGAGGACCAGUCCAAUAUUGAUGUCCAGGAAGGGAUCCAAUUCUGUCUCCAAAGGGUUUAGAUCUUCAAAGUUCUUUAAAGGUGAAUCUAGCUCAAGAUACUCUAUAAUCGAUGAAGAGCAUAAGGAAGCAUACUCCAAGGGAUUUAAAUCUUCAAAUUUCUUUAUAGGAGAAUCUAGCUCAAGUUCUGGGUUGCAUCAACUACAACACGAGGAGAAAGAAGUGGAAGAGUUCAAUCCAAGUGCAAAUAAUUUCAACCCAAGCCCCAAUGAAUCCAGUAGAUUUACUUCUGAUUUGAAUGAAAUUCCUCAAUAUUUAAUUGGAUCAACAAGGGAUAAGACAUGCACAAAUAAGCUGAACCCUGCAAACAAUGAUGGGGUAAAACUGAAAGGAUGUGUGAUACAACCAAAGUUAUACACUUGGAGCAAGCGGAACAGAAGCAACAGAAUACAGAAGAUGAAUGGCAGGUGCAAGAACAACAAAAGAAAAAUAAUGAGGACCAGUCCAAUAUUGAUGUCCAGGAAGGGAUCCAACAAGUGCCAUCCAACAAUUAUCCAAAAAGGACUGGGAAGCCACCUAUGUGGCUCAAUGAUUUCAUUAGAUGAAAUAAACUUAUCUAGUAUGGAUGAGAGCAAAUAUAAUUAGUAAGUUUUAUUUAAUUUAGUUUGACAUUAUCAUGUUAGUGGAGUCAUAUAUAUCUUGUUUUUGUAUUUAUCAUGAUUGAUUGUCAUAAUAGUUAUCUUAAGAGUGGAAUCAUACAUAUAUAUCUGGCUUUUGUAUUUCGGAAAAUAGCAGAGAAUAAUAUUGCUCUCCAUAUUCUCCUUCUUGCUA